UACUAAAAUCAUAUUUUGUUAUUUAUUCUUUUCCUAAGUAUCUCUAUCUCUAUCUCUCUCUCUCUCUCUUUUUCUCUCUCUUGUCUCUCUCUCUCUCUCUCUCUCUCUCUCUUUGUAUCCAUUCAUUUCAUCUCAUACUUCUAAGAAACAAACUCUGCUUUGUGCUCCUUAUGCAGUUUAGUGCAAUAUAGGUUUGUUCUCACCCAGAUUAUUUUCUUCUCCCAGUUUAAAAACUAUUGCUGGUAGAUAACUUACUUGCUAGGGCUUUGACCAUCAAUAACACUGGACACAGUGUUUGGGAUUAUAUUGUCUCCCACAGAAUUCGGUGCCCUUUCCCCUUUGUCUAUUCCCUUUAAUAGGACCCUCUUUACUUAAGUGGUGUUUGCAGGUAGAUUGUGUCCCUUCAGGAUGUUGCUACUGUUAAUCUCUGUAUUCAGGAGAAGUAUAGUUUUAAGUGGUUGUACUAAGAAAAGACGAGCUUUUAGACCAUGCUGUAGAGAGCUGGCUUGGAGUAUUGGGUUUGAGACAAAGGAUGGGUCGUUUUAGUAAAGGAUGCAAGCUUGGUCCUAUCACAUGAUGUUAGGUAACCAAUAAGAAGUCUAGUUGGAAGGAAGGGUAAUGUGGGUCUGGACAGUUUAAUAAAACUUUGAAACUUUAAGUUUCCAGCUCAUUCUCUGCCCAGCUGCCAUUGCUUCGAACACUGCCCUGUAUAUAUUCAAUCUCCAUGUUGGAGCAUGUGCUACUAAAUAUAUCUGUAGCCUCUACCUGAUUUUCUUCUUCAAAAUAUAUAUAUAUAUACAAAACGUAUAUAUCAACUUUACCUUCUUCAAGUUUCUCUAAGUUUUAAGAGAGUUUCCUGUGUUAUAUUUGAUUGGGCAUUUCAUCCAACUUCAACCUUUUUGAGUUGCAUGGUUAUCAUCCCAGUUCCUGAUUUUAUAUUGCAAGCAAGUGUUGGCUCUUUUACUAGGCGGAUCUUUUACUAGGCGGAUCUUUUACUAGGCGGAUCUUUUACUAGGCGGAUCUUUUUCUAGGCGGAUCUUUUACUAGGGUCUUUUAAUUGAUGAAAUUCAUCAAGCUUCAAGUUAUCGUUCAACUUGUUCCUGUGUUCUGCGUGCUGCGACGUCCUCUUCAACGACCCAGAGACGCCGGAUAUAUUGAUCAACCGCGUAUCGCGAGCGAGUUCAUGAACAUUUAAUAAUUUGGUUACUUUAAUAUUUAGAUAAUAGUUGGUUUAGUUAUAAGUUAUAAUACCUUAUAAUGUUAUAGUUGUAAGUUGUGGAAGUUUUGUUUAUUUCAAUGUUUACUUGAUUUGCAGUUGUUAUUGACAACGAGCUAAUAAAGGCAUUGCCAGGUUAUUUUGUUAAAACGUAACCUCAAGUGUAAUUUCUUUAUUUAUGGACCUGGGAAAUUGUGACAUUCGGGUUACAUAAAUUGGGGGCUUGUCCGGGAGCUAAAUUUGCAUAUAUGCAUAAUUAAUAUUACUUAUUUGAUAGAUACUUUAUAAUUACCUUGUAAUUAAUUAAUAUUCUCCGCUUAUUAAGUUUUAAUUGCUAGUGUAAGCAAUUAGUAUUAUACAUCGUUGAAGGCAUUGUAAUUGUCUUCGUCAUUAUAGUUAAGAGUUUAAGAGCCAACACUUGCACAAGUUAGUAGAAGCAAUGGCAGCGAACAGUUUGAAAGAAUUUGGGCAGGAGUGGUGCAAGGAGGAGGGAAUAACGGCAGAUAAUGCCCUCCUACUUGUGACACCAACAAUGGCAAUGCCUGAUGAGGUAUUUGCCCUGGCAAUUUCGGAUCGAUUUCCCACAUUAAGUGGGGUACUCAGAAAGAAUGAGCCAACUAAUAAUGAAACAUUGAUACUUUGUAUGUUUGAGGGAGCCUCUCCCAUUGUAGGUGUAGGGAGGGAGAUACACAUUUCCGUAGAUGGGGACACAGUGUGCCAGGUAGUUAGGUUGGAAGAUAGGGACCCCUCGAAAGAAGGUAGGGUAAACAUUAAGGACUUAAAGGAUAGUGGGUUGGUAGACGAAUGGAAGAAAGCUAAAGAAGCCGCACUCCUUAAAGAAGAGGUUUCCAAGAAAGAAAAUGUUUCCCCUAGCCCUAGCCCAGCCACAAAUAACUUAGACCGGGAAGUCCCUUCGUUGUCUGCGUCAUUAUCAAGAUGCGCGCUUACAACAAACUACAGAAAAUUGCGCUGUUUCUCAGGCGCGAGGAACCCCGCGCGCGAUGAGGACACCUAUCCUUUGUGGAUAGAGCACGUUGAGGGUCAGAUGGAUGAGUGGCAGGAUCUCGGAGAUGGCGAGCGCCGAAAGCGCAUUCGCGAGGCGCUGCGCCCUCCGGCGUCAAGCAUCAUUAGUGACCUCCGCCGUGAGCUUCCCCACGCAGAUUCGUAUGAGUACCUCAAGGCCUUAGAUUUGGCCUAUGGGGACACGAACACUGACGACGAGCUGUUCGUCAAAUUCCAUAAUACCACGCAGCUCGAGGGCGAGCGACCCUCCGAAUAUCUUUCUCGCUUGCAGGAGAUACUGAGGCAGGUUGUGAGGCGUGGAGUAGUAAAACCUACAGACUCCAAUCAGGUAAGACUAAAGCAGUUUAUCAGAGGCAUCUUGUAUAAUGAGAUGCUCCUGAUCAACUUACAACUCCGCGAUAAAUUAUCCCACCCUCCUUCAUUUCUGCAGUUAUUAUCCUCUGUAAGGAAGCAGGAGGAAGAAGACUCCAUGAAGGCCAGCCUCACCCAGCCGAGACAAAGAGUAGACGCAGGUAAGCGUGCCGCCGCACAUAACCGUGUGGAGGCCCCAGUUCAACCAGUCCAAAUUUCUCGUACUUCUAUCCCCUCUGAAUCCACCCCAAUCCAGCAGACUCCUCACAGGCCGCCUCCUCCCAGGCCACAUGGCAACACAUCUGAGGUCAUUUGCUUCAAGUGUGGGGAGGUAGGGCAUAUAAGUAGAAUAUGCAACAGCCCAGCUGCCCCUGAAGCCAUCAACAAGAAAUUGAUCCAAUUUAUCCUAGGCAAGCAGGGAAACGCCAAAGGACGCCUGGUAAGGGGAGACCAGGAGUCCACUUAAGUACAGCACCCCAACAGGUAUGCGAUGUUCC